GUCCUCAUGCCAGGCCACCCCCAGAAUCAGAUUGCUCACUGCGAUUCCAAGAAGCUGGUCAGACCAGAGGCACGCACUCGUCCCACAAGUGUGUCUGGCGUCCAUCAUGUGGGGCCGCCUGCUCGUCUUGUCGCUACUCGCCUGCGGCUACCGGGCGUCCGACUUCUUGGGCGCAGUGAUGACCUAUGACCCUCUCUCGAACGAUACGGUGGCCAUCGGCUACAAGGCGAGCUACCAAAACGAGUGCAUAUUGGCCAAUUGGACGUGCCAGUCAGGGGACUGCGGCUCAACGUCUUUCGUCACCAUCACUAAGUUCUUGCAAAUAUUGGGAGGCUGUCGCAUUGAUGUGCUCACGCAUCGUCGCGUUACCCAGAUCUCCCAGUUUGAGCUGCGCCUGGACGGCCUCCGGUGGAUCAAUGUCACCAACGACGUCACGGAGGCGCUGGUCGUCACACGCGUGGACCUGAGGACGAGGUCCGAUACCGGCCGGGCAAACGCGUCCCCCCGCACCGCCGUGCUGCCCGUUCUCAGAGUCCCCUCCAACUGCCAGAGGAACGUGACGCUGACCACCUUUGACCCCGACGGGGACGUGGUGAAGUGUCGAUAUCAAAACACGACGUCUGUUCUCCAACUCUCGCCGGACUGCAACAUGAUCUUCACUCCCAGAGGCAACGACAGCGACAUCGCGGAGGGCGCGUACGCCGUGCAGCUGAUCAUGGAGGACUUUCCUCGCCAGGACAUCGCUCUGACUGACGGCGAGGGGAACGAGACGCUUGUCACGAGCGAGGACGCCAUCGGCCAAAUCCCCGUCCAGUUUGUUCUGAUGGUGGAUCCUCCGGUGGCGUCCUGCGUGGAGGGAGAGCAGCUGCCCGCCUUCAGGCCUCCGACGCCAGCCAACGGAGAGCGCGUGUACGCCUCAGUCAACGAGACCCUCGAGAUCCCCAUCACUGUGGAAGUAUAUCAGGUCUCGCUGGCGCUGUUCACCGGGCCGCCCGACAUGCAACUGAACAUCAGCGCGGGCCGCCUGGUCCUGACCUGGACGCCGACUGAGAGCGACUUGGGUCAAAGUCAGCCCGUCUGCUUCGUCAUCCAAGUGUUUGAGGAGGGACUGACCCAACAUCAGUCGGAGAUGCGCUGUGUCAUCGUGACGGUCAGCCCUGUUGUGAUUGUUGCGAGAGCCAGGCUCCUGUCCGCGUUCCCGCUGUCCGUGAAUGGCAUCCAAGGAGUGGCCUUAACGCAGCUGAAGGAUCUGCUGGUGGCGCGAGGGCUGCCCGCUGACAUCACGCUGAGAGUGGUGAGCUUCAGUGACGAGAGCAGAGAGAGAGCUUCUGAGUAGAGUGGGAUGUUGGAGCCAAUCAGAUUAUGAAUCAUUUAUACUCCACCUGUAAACUCAUCGCAGCGGUGUUACAGUGCUGCGACUGUCUUUUAAUAAUGAAAUAAUAGUUACGAAUAAACGAGUAUGCUAUGCA